AUGUCUCGCAGAGGCGGUGGGGGUAGGACCAUGCCCCGCGAGGUCGUCCUCUCUAAAGCCCUCUCGCAUCUCCUGCGGCACUCGGCAGACAGAGAGAAUCUGAAAGUCAGCGAAGAGGGAUACGUUAACGUAGCGGAACUCCUGGAAACCCGAAAAGUAAAACCUCUGAAAGCAACGUUGGCCGAGAUAUUAGAGGCUGUAUCUAGCUCAGACAAGCAGCGCUUCUCGCUGCUCUACGUCCCUUCUGUGAAUACAGGAGAAGACGGGACGAAAGACGAGGCUGCCACUGCAGCUUCAGAAGAGAAACAGAAAUCCGCGACGGCGCAUGCAUUAUCUGUCAAGGAUGAGGAUGCCUCGCAUUUCCUGAUCCGCGCAACGCAGGGACAUAGUAUGAAAUGCGUGAAUACAACACUAUUCCUUGAAAAGCUCAGUCUCGACGACGACAACAGUAGCAACAGCAUAGAAAAGGACGCUGCGUCGCUUCCUGAGACGGUCGUGCAUGGUACAUACCACGGCGCAUGGCCAUUGAUACUUGCUUCUGGCGGCCUGCGGGCUAUGACCAGAGCUCAGGUGCAUUUCGCGAUUGGGCCGACGAUCGACGAAGUUCUGCCCAACGGCCGCGAUGCGCCGCCUGCGAAAUUGUCGAUUGAUAAAUCGAAGAGAACCGUGAUUUCCGGAAUGCGGUCUGAUGCUGAGAUUCUGAUUUAUAUUAAUCUGCGAAAGGCGUUGCAGGCCGGUUGCCCGUUUUAUAGGAGUGAGAAUGGUGUUAUUUUGAGUGAAGGCAUGGUUCCUGCUGAUGCGUCGGCGGGGAAGACCGUACCGGUGGAGUUCUUUGAUUUGGUGGUUGAGAGGAAAGCUGGUCUGGGUGUCUUGUGGGAAGAUGGGAAGGUUGUGCAGGAAUUACCGGAGCAUUUGGCUGGGAAAGCAAAUCCGAAAGCCCAUAGCGGCGGAGGGAGAGGGAGGGGAAGGGGCAGGGAAAGGGGACGAGGAAGGGAGGAGUCGCAUUAA